AUGAAGUCUGAACAGCCGACGGAUGUUCCCGCAGACUGCCUCCAAACACCUGACAUUGGAAGCAAUGGCCAUACGCCAGUAGGUAUACACAACACAGCACUGGACACUGACAUCCAGGAUAUUACAGGCCUUGAACAGGAUGUUCCCACAGGCCAGGCCCAAGCACCUGACGCCAGAA